CCCCCUCGAAUAAGCGCCCCCCAUUUUCUCCUAAAUUUGAAAUAAGCGCCCCGGGCGCUAAUUCGAAUAUUUACGGUAUUCAGUGGACGGCCAUAUCACAACUUUUCAAUUAGAGGACUGGAAACUAGUGAAGCUGUCGGCAAAACAAUCCAUCGUGUCAGCGGAAGCUCCCUUCACUAGCAUAAUUCAAAAUGGCGGACGAACUGACUAUUCCGGGCUGUGUAGAAUAUCUGUGUCUUUUUGCCCAAGAACACGUGGAUUUUCGAAUAUCGGAAUUGUUAUCAGUGUCCACAAUGUUUAAUUUCAAGAUACUUGUGCAAUACCAGGAUCACAGGAAAGAAAAUCCUCAUUUGGUGGUAUGUUUGCCUAAUGAAAAGUGUGCAAGGUACCUGCUAUCCAGAGUUGUUUCUAUAAAGUGAGUAAUAGAUCACAGGUGUGUUGCAUCUUUGAAGUAUAUGUAUCUCAAACUGAGGAAGUUUGAUGUUGCUAAACAAAUAUAUAUUAAUUUUGUUAAACAACUGGAAUUUUUUCAUCGUUUCUUACAGCAAGCUUUCACCUCCAGUGGCUCAUCAUUUAAAAUAACCAUUGAAUCAUUUAAUAAAAAGCUGACAGUAAAUCAACAGAGAGAACUCAUUGAUCAAUUCCAAUUCCUUCCUUUUCAAGGCCGUGUAAACCUGACGGCUCCUGAUCAUGUGUUCUCCUUGCUGCUGGAUUAUGGAGAUGACUCUAAUGAAGCCCCUGCCACUCCAGACAGGCUGUUCUUUGGUCGCCUGGUAAGAAGAGAGUUCUACAUUCUUUGUUCAAAAAGUAGCGUGCUGGUGUCUUGCUCUCAUUUUGGAGCCCAUGUGAUGGGAAGUGAUAUUGAUCACACACUUCUUCAUGGACGAGGUAGAAGCUCUCGAGCCAACAGAAAAGGCCAGUGGAGAGCUCGAGACGAAAACUUUCGAGCAAACUUUGCUCAGUAUGGACUUGGCAGUUAUUUUGUGGACGUGCUAGUUGCAGACGCUGGAAGACUGGGUCUCAGAGAGGCGCCGUUAUUCGAUGCCAUUAUAACAGACCGUAAGUUACAAUUAUCGAUACAUUGUAUUAUGUUAAAUCUAGAUCAGUUAUUUGAUUCCUGCUGUGAACUUAUUUUUCGACAUGGCAUCUUUUUCUUGCGUUCUAGGGAUCAGACGCCAUCAUGUUCAGCUGUGCGAGGCUGCCUCUUGUCAGAAAUACUCACAACAUUGCUCGACCUGGCAGCGCGAUAUCUUGUUGUUCACGGACGACUGGUAUAUUGGCUUCCAAUUUAUCGACCGAGCGUGGUACACCAAAAGUUCCUUGACUCUUGCGACAACUUCAGGGAUAAUUACUUCAGCCAGCAGAGCACGUGAUCAGCGAGUGGGAGAGGCGAAAGAGAAUAUGGCAUGGCACGUGUGCCAAGCGUGGUAUGGUAGCAUGUCUUCCGCGUUUCCUUAGAUCGUCCACACUUAAGUUCAAAGAACUGCUAAGGUGUGUAGUUCCGGCUGGUUUUGUGACAGUCUACAAAUUACAACAUGGAGUGGAUGGUAACAGAUCGGCUAGGCCGGGAGAGUCUCUGCUAGCUGGAAUUCUUGAGUUGCAGUGAAUGCAGUACGUUUGACACUGCACAGACAAAUCAUGGUUGUAAAGCAUCGUGUUAGGAGCAAUCGCUUGAAUCAAUGUUUGUACGAAACCUCUGAAAACAUAGAAGGAGCUAUAAACUAAAACUUUGCGUCAAAAGCUACAGACGACUGUUUGAUUUCUUACUCUGUCAAACAACGCUCAUUUACCAUCAGAGCCCGUCAGAAAACGGCUCAAUAGGAAUUCUAUGGGAAUUCUAAUCGUUAUGUGGGAUUUAAAAAGAAAAAUAAGAAAAAAUAAGGAAACGAAACACAUUCAGGAGUGAGGUUUCAUAAACCCGAGAAAAGUCGGUGUACGUGUUGAUGAAAUUUUUGGUGUUGUUACUGUCCCUUUGUUUGUAUUUUGUUCAUCCUAUUGCUUGCUUAGUUUGUUUGUAGUAGUUGUUACUUUUUGUAUGUAUGUCUGUUUGUUCGUUAUUUUUGUUGUUGUUGUUGCUGUUGUCUGCAGAUUGCAAAGAACAUCUAAAGCACUCCUAUAAUUUGGAACUGGAUGUUCAUCGUCGUUGAUAUUCGAUGCUUUUUUCCCUUCCUUUUCAUUGGCCGAAAGAUCACCAUGUGACCUGCAAAUAAGUGCUAACAAAGAAUAGUCUGCUCAUGCCCAUUACCGUCUGACAGUGAUUUUGCUUCAAAUUAUAUUCUUCUCAGGCGUGGUCGUGUCCACUUCUGUAGGAAAAAAAAAAACAAAAAAACAAAACAGAAACAAAAACAAAACCAAAAACAACCAAAAACAACAACAACAACAACAACAAAAAACAAAACAAAAAACAAAACAAACAAAAAAACGAAACAAAAGCAAAUAGCAGGCUGUUCUUUUGAGCAGCGGAGAACGAUUUCUAAAUUUCUUCCAGACUUAAAACAAAUUUGUUGAUCGAAGGAUAAAGCAAUUAUAAAACUCACUUAUGGCAAAGUAUCGUGAUUUGUCAGGGUCUCGCAGAUAAAUAAUUGAUCUGCGCGAUGUCUUGCUCAAUCUCGUUCAAUAACUUAUGCGCGUGAAUCCUUCACAAAUUCAACAUCCAGAGCUUCUUUAUUGGCCCUCUAAAUUGUUUAUUAAUUAAUGGAAACUGUAAGAUAAGCCAAAACGGACUGCUGAACCACAAUUUCAGUUACGAUAAGAAUUAGCGCGACCUUACACCGCUCAUCACUACUAUUGACGCGAAACACAAAAUGCCUGCUGAGUCACUGUCAACUCGAUGCACAAACGACAAUAAGUGUAGUGAAUGGUAAAUACGAGACUUUGCGAGAAGGCAAGGCUAGCGGUUUUCUUUGCAAGACCGAGUAUUUUGACUUUCUAACGUUCCGUGGAGUUAAGAGGGGAACAAGUGAAUAUGUCGGCGGUUUCUAAAGUCGUCUUUAUUUGUAGCUGCCUUCUUCGCCUAUCGUCAAGUAUACGUCACUAGAAACCGUGAUGUUUAAAAUAGAACUUCUACCUUUACUCUCCAGUGAAUAUUUCUGCAUGUGAUCACAAUUCUGCGUACAGUCGAACCUCUAUUAAGUCGAACCCUUAUUAAGCGGCCAGUUAUAAAAUUGUUGUCAGCAAAAUGCUCUACUGAAAUAAAACCCCUUCUAGCCGGCCAACUCCAUUAAGUCCCCGCGGCCACUCAGUUUUUGGUCGUUCCCAUGAGGGAGUUCUCUAUUGUCCUUACCCCUUUUAAGCGGCCACCCAAAAUUUAAUACACGU